UGUCAAUUGUCAAAUGUUUAUUUACAUUUUGCGAACUGUCAAUUGUAUAAAAAUUAUUUUGUGAAUAUUGUAGUUCACAUAAAUGUUAAUUGCCAUCGAACAAAUGAAUUAAAAAGAAGAAAAAGUUUAGUACCGAACGUUGAAUACUUAGAAAUUGUUUAGCUCCGUAUUAUUUUUGGAUUACAAUGUAUCCAAUUUUCUAUAAAUUUCCAAGGGCUAUACAACCCCUUAAAACGUAUUCUAUGCACGCUGGGCCUUCAGCCCUAGUACCACCAAUUGUAAGUCAAAGAAAUUUCGGUAGCAACAAGACUACUCGAUCUGAAAAGAUUCACGAUUAUUCCAACAAAUUAUUGGUAUAUUCAGUGUUAUUUGGUGCUGCUGCCUUUACCUCCUAUAAAGUGUGGAAAAAAUACACCGUUAUACCAUCCAUCAAUGCUGCUGAAGAAGUUGCUGACUCAGACUCUGAAUCUGAAAGUGAGAUAGAAACAAGGAAAAAGAGAUUCCGAAAAGAAAAAGUUGGCUUCAGAGACCGCAAGAUUAUUGAGUAUGAGAACCGUAUGCGAGCCUAUUCAACUCCUGAUAAAAUAUUCAGAUACUUUGCUACAGUCAAAUUGACAUAUGGUGAAAAUACAGAAGUAUAUAUGACCCCUGAUGAUUUUCUUAGAGCCAUCACACCAGGAAUGAAACAACCUGAUGGAUUGGGAUUAGACCAGUAUAGAAGAUAUGAUCCAAAGACUAUCAGCCAACGUCUUAAUUUAGACCUCGAUGAAGACUCAAUAUUCUACAAGCUCGGUUCUUCCGGCCUAAUCACUUUCAGUGAUUACAUUUUCCUACUCACUGUGCUUUCAACGUCACGUCGUCAUUUCGAAAUCGCGUUUCGCAUGUUCGAUCUGAACGGAGACGGCGAUGUAGAUUGCGAGGAAUUUGAGAAGGUGGCGGCGCUCAUCCGGCAACAGAGCAGCAUUGGAUCGAGGCAUCGCGAUCAUGCCAAUACUGGAAACACUUUUAAGGGCAUAAAUUCAGCACUUACUACAUAUUUCUUUGGGCCUAAACUGAACGAGAAAUUGACCAUAGAAAAAUUCCUAGACUUCCAACAGCAACUACAAAAAGAAAUUUUAUCAUUGGAAUUUCAGAGGAAGCAACCAGAUGAGAAUGGUCGUAUCACGGAAGCUGACUUCGCUGAGUUAUUAUUGGCAUACGCGGGCUAUCCUGCUAAAAAGAAGACCAGGAUGCUCAAACGAGUCAAGAAAGCUUUCCGCGACCACGGCGUCGGUAUAACCAAAGAUGACUACCUAAAAUUCUUCCACCUGCUGAACAACAUCAACGACGUAGACACAGCGCUGACGUUCUACCACAUAGCGGGCGCGUCCAUAGACCAGCCGACCCUCAGACACGUCGCGAGGACCGUGGCCCACGUGGACCUGGACCCGCACGUCAUCAAUGUCGUCUUCACUAUAUUCGAUGAGAACAUGGACGGACAACUUAGCAACCGUGAGUUUGUAGCCGUCAUGAAGAACAGAUUACUUCGCGGCUUGGAGAAACCAAAAGACACUGGAUUUGUUAAACUUAUGUAUUCUCUGAUCAAAUGUGCUCGGGACACUAAGCCCGCUCUAUUGGAUUUUUAAUGUAUUUAAAUUUAGAAUACAGUGAACCAGCCAUGAGUUUUUUUUUAAUCU